CUCUCUCUCACACGCGCUUACAUUCGCUAAUCGCUCUCUAAAAAUCUCAGGAAGCUUCUUAGGGUUUCUGAUUAACCUCGCAAUGGCGGACUCCACAGAGACGGAGGCGAUAAGAGUAAUCUCCCGAAUUGGGAAACAAUUGGGUGCAUACAAAACUUGCCCCAAUAAAGAUACUCUAGUGAACUUAUUAAAACAAGCCAAUCGUGCUUUUGCAGGAUUAAAGCAGUCCGAAUCACUGAAGUCUGUCAUUAAACCCUUGAGCAGUUCUCUUGUUAAACAUAGUUUACUUCUUCACAAGGACAAAGAUAUCAGACUUCUGGUUGGCAUCUGCUUCUGCGAAAUUAUCCGUGUCUUGGCACCAGACCCCGAAUUUACUGAUGCAGUUUCUAGGGAUAUAUUUAGACUUCUCGUCAAUAUCUUCGCAGAGCUUGACGAUACCAAGAAUCCUUACUUCAGCAUGAGGGUACAGCUGUUAGAGACUGUUGCAAAACUGAGGUUUUGUUUGAUAAUGCUAGAUAUCGGCUGUGAAGAUUUGGUUAAAAAAUUGUUCAAAAACUUUUUUGCUGUCUUGAGGGAACAUCACCCUCCAAGUAUGGUUUUUGCAGUAGUAUCGAUAAUGUCACAAAUUUUGGAGGAGAAGAUGAAGGAGAAAAUGCAAGAGAAAGAGAGGAGCAGUUCUGAGCUGCUCACUUUUGAAAAAAAAGUUUCUGAGCCCCUUUUGGAUGUGGUUUUGCAGAACCUAUUGAAAGAAGCAAAGGGUGCAUCUCGUGCGUCCCACCAGCUUGCUGUCUCUGUCAUUGAAAAAUGCAGUGAGAAGAUCGAAGAUAUCAUUUCAAGGUUUUUAAGGUCUUGCAUACUCAACAGAGAUGCUGUGCAGAGUGAGAUCAAGGAAUACUACCAUGAUAUUAUAUAUGAAAUCUUCCAGUGUGCUCCUCAAAUGCUUCUUUCUGUCAUACCUAGCUUGAUGCAUGAAUUAUUGACAGAUCAAGUGGAUGUUCGGAUAAAAGCUCUUGGCUUGAUGAAAAGGAUCUUUUCCUUGCCUGGAAACCAUUUUGCGCAGGAUUAUCACCAGCUUUUCGUAGAAUUCUUAAAUAGAUCCUGUGAUAAGUCUGCUGAAGUGAGACUCAUUACACUUUCAUGUGCUAAAGCUUUCUACAUGACCAAUCCAUCUGCAAAAGAAUCACUUAAAGUUCUUGCCGCUCUUCAAGAUCGACUUUUGGAUUCUGAUGACAGAGUGAGAUCAGAGGCAGUUACUGUGAUGUGUGACUUGGCAAGACAUAAGCUAAAAUCUAUUCCCUCUGAACUAAUCACACUUGUUGCAGAACGACUGAGAGAUAAAAAGGUGUCUGUCAGAAAGAAAGCAUUGAAAAAGUUGUUAGAACUGUAUCAGGAAUAUUGCACACAAUGUGCUGCUGCAAUCAUGGAUUUCAGUGAUCAUUUUGAACAGAUUCCAUGUAAAAUUUUGAUGCUAUGCUAUGACAGAGACUGUAAGGAGUUCAAGCCUCAGCGAAUGGAGAUUGUGCUAGCUGACUCUCUGUUUCCUGGUUCUCUUUCAGUUGAGGAUAGAACCAGGCAUUGGGUCUUCAUGUUCUCACUUUUUACGCCUUGUCAUCUGAAGGCUUUGAAUGCAAUUUUGUCUCAAAAGCUGAGGUUGCGAAAUGAAUUGCAAGUGUACUUAACUCUCUGCAAUAAAGACAAGGAGGAAGUCUCUGAAGAAGUAGAAAAGAAGAUGAAAAUGUCCAUUGUGAAAAUGUCAGCAUCUUUUGAGGAUACUACCAAAGCACAAGACUGCUUUCAUAAACUGGAUAUGGUGAAAGACGGUCGAAUAUUUAAUCUGUUGGGGAAGUUGUUAAAUGAACAGAAAACUGAAGAUGCUCAAACAACCAGGGAUAAUCUUUUGAGAGAGAUUGGGGACAAGAAUCCGCAUGCGGAGUUUCUUCAAUUACUUUCUAUGAAAUGCUCACUCAAUCUGUUUGGUUCAGAGCAUGUGCGCUGUAUUUUAAGUCAUCUUUCAGAUGACAGAUUUGGAAAUAAGCAUUUGGAGGACUCUUCUAUUCAACUCCUCUUGACUAUUCUCAGUGCAUUUCCUUCACUCUUGAGAGGUUUGGAGACAGAAUUCCAGCUCUUGUUGUCAAAGGAGAUUAUCCCAUUUAAUGAACGGCUGAUCCAGAUUCUUGCAAAAGAAGGAUCCCAUAUGUUAAUCAACCUUGGUGAUAUAUAUUCGUUCUUAGAGAAGGUUUGCUUGGAGGGCAGUCGUGUUCAAUCUAAAUUGGCUAUUUCUGCAAUUGCUGCAUUGAUGAGCCCUUCAGAGCAGUCCAUUUUAUUAGAAUUAUGCAAGAAACUUGUGGAUUCUCUGCAUGUGGGGAAGCAACUUCCAACAGUUUUGCAGUCUUUGGGCUGUCUGGCACAACAUUCUGUUUUAGCAUUUCAAGCACAUGAAGAGGUGGUGACCCGUUACAUCAUUGAGGAAAUAUUUCAACUAACUGAUGGGGCCAUGUUGGAGGAUCCAAAUUUGUUAGAAAAGGCUUCUUCUGAAUGUAGUGUUUCUUGCCAAUUAAAGAUUUUUGGGCUCAAGACGCUAGUCCGGAGCUUUUUGCCCCAUCAAAGUGCAGCUGUCAGUCGUCCAAUUAACUUUUUACUGGAUAUUAUACUGGAAAUGCUUCAGAAGGGUGAUUUUUAUGAUGGUAGUAUCUCAAGCAGUGAUUCUGACAAGGCUCAUAUUAGAUUAGCUGCUGCAAAGUCCGUUCUUCAGCUCUCAAGAAGGUGGGAUUCACUCAUUUCACCACAACUUUUCCGCUGCACCGUUUUGACGGCCAAGGAUAAUUCUCCUCCAGUACAGAGACUGUUUGUUAAGAAGGUGCAAAAGCUUUUGAAGGAGCAUAAGAUCCCUUGUAGAUAUGCAUGUGCAUUUCCAUUUGCUGCCACAGACUCUCCAAAAGAUCUACAACAAAUUUCUUUGAAGUACAUGGAAGAAUUUGUACAGGAAUAUGGAAAUACAGCAAGAAUAAAUCAAAUAUCUACAAUGCCUGGACAUGUGACUGGUCUUCCUGUUUACGUAGUGGUUUUCGUGAUCCACAUCCUAGCUCAUGAUCCAAAUUUUCCCACUGCUGAUCACCAUGAUGCCAACUUCUGUGCUCAGUUUUUCAGUCCACUUGUUUUCAGCUUGCAGGUGUUGGUUGAUUUUAAUUGCUCUGAUGGCACUGUAGACCUCAUUAGUAAAGCUAUUUCAUACUUGAGAAGCAUCUUCCAUGCUAUAAAAAAAGCAGAGGAUGCUGUUGAUGCACAAAUUACACCAAAGCUUCAUGUUUUGUCAGAUAUUGGGAUUUCUUUGUUGGAUGCAAUAGGUAACACAAGCUUCUCUCAUUCACAUAUCCCUGGACUUAUUUUGCUACCAUCUUCACUGUAUAAAGUGGGUCAAAACCAUAUUAGUCAGGGAAACAGUGAUCUUUUAAUUCGUUAUCACCAAGAUGAAAGUUUCAUUAGGAAAUUACUUGAUAGUUCAAAAAAUAAAACUCAAACUGCUGGCUCCAUCAGUGUACAAAACCAAAAAUGUCAAGAUGGUAUGACCCGGUCAGGUAACAGUGGAGGCAGCAAAUUGGAAAUGCAAUUUUGCAAAAAGGGACCUCUUCCGUUGAGCAUCAUAAAAGAGAAAUAUUCAGAUAAGGAGGAGUUAAGUGAAACUUCAAACCAAGAGCUCGAUACUAGAGAAAGACAAAAAGCAUCUGAACCAUGUUCAGCUUCUGCAUCAUUUGAAUUACAUAAGGAGUUUUCGAUUGACGAUGAACAUGAAGAUGAUGCACAUGGAACCACUGAAGCAGUGGUUAGAACUGAGCAUCUUCCAUAUCAUUCAAGAACUCGCAGUUCACGACCCUUGUCUGAUAAGACGGAUGAACAUCCAUGUUCUCUAAAAGAAAAAGACACAAUCUCAAGAUGUAAAACCAUAAUGCGUGAGCGUUCCAAAUCCGCGAAAGGCAACAGCUCAGAUAUCUCCAUCUCAAAGGAAAGCAAAAAUAAAGGUGAAAAGUUAAUCAGGCAGCAAAUAGAACUGUGCUCUUCCGAAGAUAAAUGUUGUUCUGGAAGCACAGAGGCUUUCGAUUCUAGCAACAACACUCUCAAGAUCACCUAUGACAGCAGGGAAGCUGAGGUUGUCAGUUUGGAUAGUGAGAUUUUGGGGACGUUAAGUAGCCAUUCCUUGCUUGACCAGGAUUCCUGUGGUCUGCAAUCACGGUGCUGGAAAAGUAGUGACAUGAUUGGAUAUGUCUGUCAACAAGAAGAUGACUUGUCAAAGGAUGAAGCUACUUUUGGUAGUAAAAAGACUGCUUUUGCUGAAAUAAAGAAGCGGGGUAGUGUUCUUGUUGACUCAUCACUUUCUGAAGUCAUUGAUGUGAAUGAGGACCCCAUUGCCCGAAGGACUCGAAGUCGGAGAGUUUGAAUAUGUUUUACAAAGAUAAGCUAAGGGCUACCUUGUUAGUAAUUUUUGUUUUUGGACAUUGACCAUCUCAGAGCAGGCAAGCAUGCUUGAUUUAUUACAUCAAGUUUCAUCAGUAAUCCUCUAGCAAAUAGCUGUCUUCGGGCAGGAGUUGAGGAUUGGAUUUUGUUAUUGUUAAAAUGAGAUGCUUUGAUUAAGUUAGUGUUUAGAUGGUGCAACUCCAACCCCUGUAUGGUCGCUGUAAAUAUUGAAUAUGUCAAUCUGACAAGCUUGCUAGUGUCAAGCUGUUGAUGGGUCUUCUCAUACAAGUGAAGAAACUUUCUGAUCCCAACUAUUGAAGUAUAUUUAGAAAAUUUACCGAUAGCUAUCUUAAUGUAUGCCAUUAUGAUUUCAUGAAGAUUCAAUGACAUUCUCUAGUCUGUAAA